GUUAAACUCAAUUCAAACUUCUACAGAGAUUUGUUUCCAUAAUGGACGCGAGCGCAGGCGAGCGCAGCGCCUGUGACCAGCUUUGACAGACGGAGAAGUUCACAUGUCGCCUUCAGUUCAGCUAAGCUAGCCGUGCCGUGCCUCCUGAGGCGGUUUAAGCGACUUUCUGGCCCGAAGGAGACGCUGUGUGGAUGUCCAGCACGGUACACUGACAGCCACCAUGUCAGGUUUAACGCUACAGAGCAGUAACAUGCAGGGUCUGGAUGAAGGGGACAUUCUCGACCCAGAGUUUCAGCAGCGUUUGGAGGAUGCUCGUACUCUGCUCAGGCAGGAGAUUCAGCGGGAGCUGAAGAUCAAGGAGGCAGCCGAGAGAAUGCGGCGGGCCGUCACAAAUCGUAAGAGCGCAGCCGAGGUGGAUGGCCAACUCAAGGCCUCAAGCCGCAAGCUGGAGAAGUUGCACUGGGAGCUGCAGGAGCUCAAUGCCAGGUCCAUGGCCACAGAGAAGGACACCACAGGUUGCUCAGAAGAAGAAGACAACCAGUCAGCAGAGUCGUGCCAGUGGGAAGAGGUCACAUCACCAAUAGCCAGUCGACUGAGAACCCUGAAGAAACAGCUUACCAUGGAGACAAAGGUCAAACAGGGCGCCGAUAACAUGAUCCAGACUUACAGCAACAGUUCAGUCAAGGACAGGAAGAUGCUAUCUACAGCCCAGCAGAUGUUGCAGGACAGCCGAACUAAGAUUGAGCUGCUGCGCAUGCAGAUUGUCAAAGUCAGUCAAGCCAGAGACGAGGAGCGGGAUGGCUCACCAGGUCAGCCUGUAGAGAUGAUAAGCCCUCUCGAGCUGCGGGUGGCUGAACUCAUGCACCACAUGAAGAUUGAAUCUGCCGUGGCUGAAGGCGCCAAAAAUGUGGUAAGGCAGCUGAGUGGACGUAAGAUCCAAGACCGCCGCAUACUUGCAGAGGCCCAGGCACGAAUGCAAGAGUCCUCUCAGAAGGUGGAUUUGUUACGUCUCUCCCUGGAGAGACGUUUAAGUGAGCUGCCUCAGGACCAUCCCAAACAUGCUGCCAUUAAGGAGGAACUAGCGUUGGGAACCUUGCCUUCCUACGGCACACCGAAGAAGCAAUCCAAUGCUCUGUCCUCUUCCUCUUCUUCCUCUUUCUUCAAACCAGCCAGCCUGACAGGUCGGUUGGAGGUAUGUUUGAUGGGCUGCCAAGACCUGUUGGAGUGUGUUCCGGGCCGUGGUCGUGUGACCAGUGUCUCGGCCACUCCAGGAAGCAUCUCAGAUGGGAAGUCUCUGAAGGUCAGAGCCGGCCUGUCAGGACGCAGUGCAAAUGGCAAGACCACCAAGGCUGAUGACUUGUCCUCGGAGGUGAGUGUUGUACUGAAGGUGGACAACAGGAUAGUGGGACGCACACACUGGAGACAGCUGGGAAAUGAGGCCUGGGGCCAGAGCUUCAGCAUCGAACUGGAACGGUCCAGGGAGCUGGAAAUUGCUGUCUACUGGAGGGACUGGCGAGCAUUAAGCGGGGUGAAGUUCCUACGGCUGGAGGACUUCCUGGAUAACCGCAAACAUGGCAUGUGUCUCCAGCUGGAGCCUCAGGGCGUCCUCUUCAUUGAGGUGACAUUUAUCAAUCCUGUCAUUGAGUGGCGCUCCAAACUCCAGAGGCAGAGGAGAAUUUUCCCUAAAGAAAAAGGGAAGGACUUCCUGCGUGCUGCUCAGAUGAACAUGAACUUUGCCACUUGGGGCCGUUUGAUGAUGAGCAUCCUUCCUCCCUGCAGCUCGUUGGAGCCCAUGAGUCCCCCAUUAGCAGGCCCUCACACUGGCUCCACAUCAUCCAUCACUUCUCCAGCAAGAGAACCUGCUGUGGUGACUCUAAAUUUUUCUGAAGAACAACCUGGCCGAUCUCCACAUCGCACAAGAAAGAACGCUAAAGACUCUCCGCUGUCUUCUGGUGAGAACAAGAGCCCAAAUCCAAGGCGACAACCCUCACUGAAUCCACGCCCACGCAGGGACGAAGGACUUCAGUUGGAAGACUUCAACUGCAUUUCAGUUCUGGGAAGAGGUCACUUUGGAAAGGUGCUGCUAGCAGAGUAUAAGAAGUCAGGCAAACUGUACGCCAUCAAAGCCCUGAAGAAAGGAGACAUUGUGACGCGUGACGAAGUUGACAGCCUCAUUUGUGAGAAGAGGAUCUUUGAAGUGAUCAACACCUCACAACAUCCUUUCCUGGUGAACCUGUACGGCUGCUUCCAGACUGCAGACCACGUGUGCUUUGUGAUGGCCUACUCCCCCGGAGGAGACCUCAUGACACACAUUCAUACCAACAUCUUCACUGAGAAACAGGCCAGGUUUUAUUCGUCGUGUGUGCUGCUCGGCCUUGAGUUUCUCCACCAAAACAAAAUAGUUUACAGGGAUCUGAAGCUGGACAAUCUGCUAAUGGAUGCAGAUGGUUUUGUCAGGAUAGCAGACUUUGGCUUGUGCAAGGAAGGUAUGGGCCACGGGGAUCGCACCUCAACUUUCUGUGGCACCCCAGAGUUUCUGGCCCCGGAGGUGCUGACGGACAACAACUACACUCGCAGUGUGGACUGGUGGGGGCUGGGAGUCCUCAUCUAUGAGAUGCUGGUGGGGGAGUCUCCUUUCCCAGGUGAUAAUGAGGAAGAGGUAUUCGACAGCAUCGUCAACGACGACGUGCGCUACCCUCGCUUCCUUUCUCCUGAGUCUGUGUCCCUCAUUCAAAAGCUGCUUCAGAAAAACCCUGAGAUGAGACUCGGAGCGGGAGAGGAAGACGCCUUACAGAUCAAACGACACAAAUUCUUUCAGGGGAUGGACUGGGAGGCUCUCCUGUCUAAAAAGGUGAAACCUCCCUUCCUGCCGGUCAUCAGAGCUCCGAAGGACGUCAGUAACUUUGACGAGGAAUUCACUCGCCUCAAGCCAGUCCUCACCCUCCCUCGAACGACCUGCAUCCUCACUGCCGAGCAACAAGAAAUCUUUGCGGACUUUGACUUCUCUUUCAUGAGUUGACCAGCGGGAUUUACCCUCUGUGCUGCUACACCAUCGUGAUAGUCAACUCCUGUUUAUACCUACUUUUAUUUGCCAUAAAACUCGUGUGAUUCAACAGAAGUUGAGAGCCUUUUCACACACUUCCACAUUUCCAUCUGCAGAUUCCUUCAGUUACUCAGAUAUCCAGCAAAAUCAGCCUGUCACACCUUUCACACACACUCUGACACAUGCUGGGUCUGAUAUCACGAUUGACCGUUUACUUCUUGUCAUUUUUUGUCUCUGCCAAAUUGAUUUUGAACUAUUUAAUGCAGUUUUCAUCAUCAAGCAGAACGAUCAAAAGGUUGAACAUUUCCUGUUUACACUCUAUGAAAUGUCACAAGUGCAAUGAGGUUUUGCUUGUUAGUUUUUUACAAAUGGACAUUGUGCCAGCGAUGUUCCGAACACCAGCACUGCCCUCUCAAUCCAAAGUACUACAUUGUAAAUAUUUCUGAUCUUAAUGAAGAGAAUUGAAGGCCAAAGCUUUGAAUGUACUUUCUGCUGUUUAUUGUAAUCAUUAUACGCCUGUCUGUUCUUUUUGGGAUGUAAUAUACUGACAAUACCCACAAUUGUUAAUUUAAGUUCUGUCACACAUAUUUCUCAGUCAAAACAACUGUAUUUGGAUUUUUUAAAUAAUACUAUCAUGAGGAUUAUGCUUAUAUCGAACAAACCAGCCUGUAUGUAAAGUGUAAACUACAUGAAGGAAAAUAUUAAUGAAUAAAUUUAUAUCUGCUGGA